AUGGCUUAUCAAGACGUUGAUCUCACUGCUGAGGCUGGCCAGGCUUCUACUGGAAUCUCCUGGCAUGACCCUCAUCCGAUCUUCGUCAUCAUCCUCGUAGGACCCGAAGAGAUUCCCUUUGGUAUCCAGAAGGAUCUCCUUUGUGCCCAAUCUCCUUACUACCGCGACGAGUUCUCGAAGCCGGGUCAACAGAAUCAAGUUGAGCUUCUCGUUAAGCUUCCGGACACCGAUACUGCUACAUUCGGAUGCUUCCAGAACUUCAUUUUUACUGGUGCGGUCUACGAUAAGACAGGUGGAAAGGAUAUCCCGGAUUACCCUCUUCUUAUGGGUGUUUGGAAGCUGGCGACCCGUUUGAGAAUGGCUCCCUUGCGCGUCGCUGUUCUUGAUGUCAUGGCUGAACGCCGUCAACUCACCUCUCAUAUUCCUGGCACGCCACUUCUCAUCCAAGCUUGGCAGGAGACCGAGGAAGGUAGUGGGUUGCGUAGAAUGCUCAUUGGUUGGGCUGCUGAGCACAUGCGCGCCUCUCCUGAGAUCCGCAACGCGUUUGCCAAGUCCCUUCCUCAAGAGAUUCUGAGUGAACUCGUUAUUGUCAUGAGUGAUCUCCCAGCCACACCUGCCUACACACCCCAAGCUCAGAAGCAUCAACUCCAAUUCAAUCCCGCCGAGAUUGACAUUGAGCAACCACGUCCCGCAACAAAGCGCAGCCGUAAGUCCGAAGUCGCCACUCCUGCCACUACUGUUCCUUUCGGCGAUGAACCAGUUGAGAUCAAGCCACCUGUCAAGAAGGCCGCUCGCAAAUCUGAACCCAACCGCCGUGCUAGUAACAACCGCCGCGUUUCCGCUCAGGUCGCUGCCGAAGCCGUUCCCCUCAGCCCGGAGAAGGAGAUGGAGUUCUGCCGCGAUCUCAUCCAGCGUAUGUUCAAGGGCCCCGGCUUCUGGACUCGCCUCGUCGGACCCUUCAAGAACCCCGUUGAUCCUACCGUCGAUAACGUCCCCAACUACUUCGAUGUCGUCAAGCGUCCCAUGGACCUUCGCACCAUCCAGGGAAAGAUGAACAGAAACGAGUAUGCUACGGCGGCAGAGUUCGAAGCUGAUAUUCGUCAGAUAUUCCAGAACUGCUACGAGUAUUGGACUCAGGAUGAUCCGAUCUUCAAGAACUGUGUUGACUUCGAGAACUACUUCAACACCCAAUGGGGCGCGAGACAUAAGUGGUCCACGCCGACGAUCAAGACUGAGGUCAUUGAAUAA